AUGUUUCGUUUGAAACGCCCGGGGACUUUUUGGGCCUGUAGGCAGGUACCAUCUUAUCGAGCAUUUGCAAUUCGGUUUCUGUCUACGAAGACUUACGAUCCACUCCGGAUUCUCUUCUGCGGAUCGGACGAGUUCAGUAUAGCUUCCCUGAAAGCUCUCCAUGAGGAGUACUUACGAAAUCCGGAUCGUAUCGCUUCGAUUGAUGUCGUCUGCAGGCCUGGAAAGAAGGUUGGAAGAGGAUUGAAAGUUGUACGAGAGGUCCCCAUCAAGGCGGCCGCAUCCGAAUUGUCACUUCCGAUUCAUGAGAUAGAUACCUUUAAAGGGUGGACGCCACCUCUGCCUUCUGGGGAACCGAUCAACCUGGUAGUAGCCGUGUCGUUCGGGCUGUUUGUACCUCGACGGAUUCUUACUUCAGCCAAAUAUGGAGGGCUAAAUGUCCAUCCUUCGAUGCUUCCAUUUUAUCACGGACCGGCACCGUUACAUCAUGUUCUUAUGGACGGUAAAACCACAACCGGUGUCACGCUUCAGACAAUGCACCAUCAGCACUUUGACCAUGGCGUCGUUCUCCAGCAAACACCGCCCCCUGGCCUCGAGAUACCGGAUCCAGAUUCAUGCACGGUUCCGCAACUGCUGGAUGUCGUUACGCCCAAAGGAGCAGAUGUUUUGCUUGACGGUGUCAGGCAGGGGCUUUUUGUUCCUCCAUUGGAGAACCGAGGAUUUAGCGAUUUACCGCUUAGUGAUGCACCACAUGCGGCUAAAAUCACGCCAGAAGACCGCCAUAUCAGCUGGCCAGAGUGGUCAUGGCAGAUAAUCAACAGGAGGAACCGGGUGAUAGGCCCAUUAUGGAGCAAGGCUUACCUACAUGAUAGUCGGCCCGACUCGACCUCAGGACCAAGAAAGAGAUUGAUCUUCACGGAAAUGGAAGAAGCUCAGCCACAGGAAGGUUGCAGGGAAUUUACUUCGUCACCCGGUUGGCCAUUUGUGGCUAGCUCUUUACAGGCUGAGGGUAAAAGGGAAGAGAAGCUCUACGUCUGGACUUCUGACAAGAAACUGAUCCAUCUACGCCGAAUGAUUGUGGAAGGAGCACCGAAUACGGACGCUGCUCGGGCCGCACGCAAAGCUGGAUUUUUGGGUGACAGAGUAGUCCGUACGGACGAUUUCGAGUUCCACGGCUUCCACGAUGCUCUUUUAUGA